UUUUCAGUUUGUCAGAUAGGAGACUUAAGUAGAUAGGAGGGUGCUAACCGAUUAUCGCUAUUACGAUUUUGUAGAAGUCACAGGGAAGUGACAAAAAGUCACUGUUACUGUACUCGGCAAGUACAAACUAACCCAUUUUGUGUAAGAUAUAUUGCGGAGAGAGAUAUGCUUACGCGUAAAUAAGCAUGGACAAAAUAGAUAGUGUGAAACCUUUUGUAGAUGUUGGUUUGGGUCCACUCAUUUUAGAUGGUGGACUAGCAACAGAACUGGAAUCUGCAGGUUUUAAACUACAAGGGGAUCCCCUGUGGAGUGCACGUCUUUUGCACACAAACCCACAGGCUGUUAAAGAUGCUCAUUACAGAUUCCUGUGUGCUGGUGCAGAUGUGAUCACCACCGCCACAUACCAGGCCAGCAUUGAGGGCUUUGUCAGGCACCUGGACAUGACGCCUGAACAGGCCAACCAACUGAUGGUGACAGGGGUGACUCUUGCCAGAGAGGCGGUCAAACACUUCACCACUGACCACCCACCAUCAGAUCGCAGGGAGCCUCUUGUGGCAGGUUCUAUUGGACCUUAUGGGGCAUUUCUGCAUAACGGCUCUGAGUACACUGGAGCGUAUGCACAGGACAUGAGCACUGAGGAGCUGAAAGCCUGGCACCGCCCCCAGGUCCACUGCCUGGCGACAGCAGGGGUCAAUCUCAUUGCCAUGGAAACCAUUCCAAGCGUGAAGGAGGCUGAAGCGCUGCUGGAGCUGCUCAGAGAGUUUCCAGAUUCUAAAGCCUGGCUCUCUUUCUCCUGCAAAGAUGGACAGUGUAUUUCUGACGGCAGCCGUUUCUCUGAGGCAGUCCAAUUGGCCAGCAGGUCCAGUCAGCUGGUGGCUGUAGGGGUGAACUGCUGUCCUCCAGCCCUGGUCCAGCCACUGCUGGACUCAGCCCAGUCCCAGAGGAGAGCAGGCCUCAGCUGGGUGAUCUACCCCAACAGUGGAGAGGACUGGGACACACACUCCGGCUGGAUAGAACCAGAGAGUGGAGUUCCAUCAUUUGCUGAACUGAGUCACCAGUGGAUGGAACAAGGGGCUGCGCUAAUCGGAGGGUGUUGCCGAAUCAGCCCUGCUCACAUAGCGGAGCUGAGAACACACAUCCAUGGAAUCCUGCAGGGGUGUGGUGCCUCACAGCAGAGAUGUUGAAGAAUGUGGGCCAACGUCAAGAAUUGGAGAGUGAAGACUGCCUAGGAGUUUAGAACCUAGUGCCUCUGAGCUUAUAUGAUGUUGUAAGCCUUCUGUUUUGACCCUGACCAUGUAUGGACUUACAUAAAAAAGAGACUUUAAUUA